ACAUGCUGCUGGAAACGCGCACAAAGAUAAGGGAAUCCCAUAUUUCAUAUUCUUUAAUAAUGAACGAAUUUGUAUGCCUGUGAAUGAAAUCUAAAAUGACGUUAGGUAGGCAUGUCUGUUAUUUGUGGUGCGUUGUUCUAGCUGCACUUGCAGAAGCUUGGCUUAUUGGUUCAGAAAUGCGCAGUGUCACAGUCUGACGUGGUACUACGGCGCCUAUCCGUGUGUUUAUAUCUGACACCUGACGGCGUGUUCCUUUCUCAGUGCCUCUGAUCACGACCACUUCGACCAAAGACAAGCGACUCUCCCGCUUUAUGGAAACCGAGGCUGUGCGUUCUGUUGUGGUCAUGCUGCCUCCCAAGAACUGCCUCCCGAGGAACUACAGCUGCAUAGCUGGGUUGUUCGGGAGCUUGACAGCAGACCCGAGACUAGAAGACGWRGAGGGGAUGGAGCUGAACGGAACAAGCGAGCCCAUCGAGAUGCACCAUGUGGUGGAUGAGAGACCAAGAGGCCGGGAAUCCUUCCUCAAACCSCCGCAGAGUCCGAACCUGCGCCGGAGGUGCAAGUCUCUGCCGACCCCCAUAGAGAGAGCGAAGCUUGAGAUCUCCCGCAGCCGGAGUCCCUGCAGCCAGAAAAAGGUCCGUUUCGCCGACUCUCUGGGUCUGGAACUCACCUCUGUGAAGCACUUCAAUGACACAGACAUGCCCGAUGUGCCGGAGCGCAUAAUGGCCAGAUUCGACAGGGGUCCCCUCCAUCUGAACCCCUUUGACAAGUUCCCCAGGGCACCGACCAMCCAGUCAAGUUUUAUGGAGCUGCAAUUCAAGAACCCCGGGACCCUGCCAGGCUUUACUGAGAAAGUGAAAGAAGUGAGAGUGUUGUUGGAGUGUGCUGAAGCMGACGAGUUCASUCUGUCGGGCGUCGUGCGGGUUUUGAACAUGGCUUUCGAGAAAAGUGUCUAUUUGAGGUUCUCAAUCAACAACUGGAUAACCUUCAUGGACAGUCUGGCAUCAUAUAUCCCAGAAUCAAGCGACGGCAUGACAGACAAAUUCUCCUUUAAGAUAAUCACCCCAACAACGUUUCUGGAGAGCGGAGGCACAUUCCAGUUUGCCAUAAGAUACUGCGUUGGUGGAGAUGAGUAUUGGGACAAUAAUAACGGGGUCAACUAUAAAGUGCGACGCCACAGGUUUAAGAUUUCUCCACCCCGUGAGUGGGAGGAUGGCUGGAUUCACUUCAUCUAACCUGCAUGCGUCCUUGGCGUUCUCACCGGCGCACUGUGUGUGUAAAGCAAGCAAUCUCUCCACGGGCACCGCUUUACCAUAAUGAAGAAUAGGGCUACCAUAGGCUAUAGCCUCUACACAUUGUGUUAAUAAUCCAACCGCCGUGUAAAGCUGUACACUCAGUCAUUUUUUACAUUGUUUGGGUUGUUUUAUUUUUCACCACCGUCACAAUGGGUUUGUUUCAUGUCAUUAUGUUUGACAGAUUUGACAGGAUUGAAAGACAAGCCCUUCAUUAUGUGUCAGGCGCGGGAGGUAAAUCUGCUGUAUGAUAAUUAGCCUUGGUGUUGGGAGCUUUGUAGUCCUGUGCCCUUUGGUGUGGCACAACUAUACUCUUAUGUAAUGGCACGUGCCAUUGAAAACGUGCCAGGAAUAUACCCCAUUUAAGCAUCACUAUCCCUCUAAAACGCAGCGGUACUCGAUUCAAUCCCCACCUUUGACUAUUUUAUUAAACAUCUUGUGCGAUGUCUUAACUGUCAACGACUGCUUAUAAAAAAACGGAGGAAAAUGGUUAUGAAAAAUACUAAGACAGCUUCCCGCCCGUCUUCUCUUUGUUUAUUUCCGAUAGCAUGGGACAGCUCACGUGCAUCCCCCUGUGUACCUGUUAUGCCGGAUUUCAAUCCGAUUCUCUCUCAUCUGAAAACUCAAGCGGAUGGGGCAGGCCGAAGCUCAGUCACAACAAUAUUCGCACUGGACCAACAAAGGAAAUAUCAAAUUGUCAUUUGUUUUACCAAUUCCUCAUCUUUUCAUCUUCUUGGAUCUGCCUUAUAACUAAAGGGGAACGCUGCUGUGCUUUUAUCUUGAUCAAUAUUGGGUGUAUUCAGUUUUAUAACUAUUUGAACAUGAAUAUUUCAAUGUUGGGGAAAUGUU